GGCACGGCUCGGCUCGGCUCGGCUCGGCUCGGCUCGGCUCGGCUCGGCAGGCAGCGCGGUCCCCGGAGCCGCAGGGAUGGCACCCGCGGGGACCGUGGUCACCCCGGCCCACCGGUGAGGUGCCCACUGCCCACCCUGAGCCCCAGGCCUGGCCCACGAUGAACAAACUGCCCUUCCACAACAACAGAGUCAUGCAGGACCGCCGCAGCGUUUGCAUCUUCCUCCCCAACGACGACUCCCUCAACAUCAUCAUCAAUGUGAAGAUUUUGUGCCAUGAGCUACUGGUGCAGGUGUGUGACCUCCUGAGGCUGAAGGACUGUCACCUCUUUGGGCUCAGUGUCAUCCAGAACAAUGAGCACGUGUACAUGGACCUGGCCCAGAAACUCUACAAGUACUGCCCCAAGGAGUGGAAGAAGGAGGCCAGCAAGGUCAGCGGUGAGGUCUUGCAUGGAGAGCUGACGGCACUAAGGCCACCUCUGUCCCCAUCGCAGGGCAUCGACCAGUUUGGGCCCCCGAUGAUCAUCCACUUCCGAGUGCAGUACUACGUGGAGAACGGCAGGCUGAUCAGUGACCGGACCGCACGGUACUACUACUACUGGCACCUCCGGAAGCAGGUGCUGCACUCCCAGUGUGUGCUGCGGGAGGAGGCUUACUUCCUCCUCACCGCCUUCGCCCUGCAAGCCGACCUGGGGGACUUCAAACGCAGCAAGCACUACGGGAAGUACUUCGAGCCCGAGGCUUACUUCCCUGCCUGGGUUGUUGCUAAGAGGGGCAAGGACUACAUCCUGAAGCAUGUCCCAAACAUGCACAAGGAUCAGUUUGCUCUGACAGCCUCUGAAGCCCAUCUCAAGUACAUCAAGGAGGCUGUCCGGCUGGAUGAUGUGGCUGUGCACUACUACAGGUUAUACAAGGACAAAAGGGAGGUGGAAGCCUCCCUGACGCUGGGACUGACCACACGGGGCAUCCAGAUCUUCCAGAACAUGGACGAAGAAAAGCAGCUGCUCUAUGACUUCCCCUGGACUAAUGUGGGGAAGCUGGUGUUUGUGGGGAAGAAGUUCGAGAUCCUGCCGGAUGGGUUGCCCUCAGCCAGGAAGCUCAUCUACUACACAGGCUGCCCUCUGCGCUCCCGCCACCUCCUGCAGCUGCUCAGCAGCAGCCACAGGCUCUACAUGAACCUGCAGCCCAUCCUGCGCCAGGUCCGCAAGCUGGAGGAGAACGAGGAGAAGAAGCAGUACCGGGAGUCCUACAUCAGCGACACCCUGGACCUGGACAUGGAGCAGCUGGAGAAGCGGUCUCGGGCCAGCGGCAGCAGCGCCGGCAGCAUCCGGCACAAGCGUCUCUCACGGCACUCCACCGCCAGCCACAGCAGCUCCCACACCUCGGGCAUUGAGGCCGACCCCAAACCCAGGGAGAUGGGAGCAGAAGAUGGCUUCUCAGGCGCUGGUGUCCACCGCAAGCUGAAGACUUGCAGCUCCAUGACCAGCCACGGCAGCUCUCACACCUCAGGGGUGGAGAGUGGUGGGAAGGAUCGGCUAGAGGAGGACUCUCAGGACGAUGAAAUUGAGAUGCUGGUGGAUGACCCCCGGGAGCUGGAGCAAGCUGGUGAGAUGGAGGUGAGCCCUGACAUGUGCGUCUACAUCACAGAGGACAUGCUGCUGUCACGCAAGUUCAACGGGCACUCAGGGCUUAUUGUGAAAGACAUCAGCUCCUCCACCUCCAGCUCCUCGGAGACAGUAGUGAAGCUGCGAGGACAGAGUACCGACUCCUUACCCCAGACAACGUGCAGGAAGCCAAAGACAUCGACGGACCGGCACAGCCUGAGCCUGGACGACAUUCGGCUCUACCAGAAGGACUUCCUACAGCUGGCCAACCUCUGCCAGGAUACAGCCCAGAGCUACACCUUUGGUUGCGCCCACGGGCUGGAGGAGGAAGGGCUCUACUGCAAUGGCUGCUUGGCCCAGCAGUGCAUCAACAUCCAGGAGACCUUCCCUGUCAAAAGAACCAGCAAAUACUUCUCAUUGGAUCUCACCCACGAUGAAGUCCCUGAGUUUGUCGUCUGAGCGCCAUGGGGGCCAGGACUGGCUGCCCACCUGUGGUGGGGAGGCUGAGGCUCCUUGCCCUACACGGGGGGCCAUCAUCACUGCCUUUCCCCCCCUACCCCACACAGCUCCCUGCCAACCAAGGCUGUGGCAACCUUUGCACUUGGAGGAUCGUGGGAUGGAGCCCUCCAGGCAUGGUGGAGUGCCACCAGCGGUCCAUCCUUUGGAAUUUGUGCCAAAUUGUCUUAUUUUGGCUGGGAGAAGCCCAACUCAUUUGAAAUAGCAGAAGCCAACUGGUGACUUCUUGUUGCCUCAUGGGGAGGUGGCAUCUUCUCCUUGCCCCCAUCCUGAACGCUGCCAGCGGCUCCACCGGCGGUUUGGUGGCGAACGAAAAAGUGCCAGACUGUUGUGUUCCAAGUCAAGCCAAAGAAAUGUAAAUACCCUAAAGGCCAGUACGGGGAGGGAGGAUUCAGCAAUAACCAGCUGGGCAUCUGCAGCCGUGGGUGAUGUCCCAUGGGGAAAGGCACACCAGCAGCAGAACAUCGACCCAGCUGUUCUUCCAAAACCACGUGCUGGGGUCAGGCCGGCGUGGCUGCAGCGAGGCGGCUGGGAGCUCUCAGAGCUGGUUUGCAGCUUGGGUUUUUUUUCCUUCUUUUUUAGAGAGAAGAAAGAAAAAACAAAACCAAACUCAAACCUAAAAGCAAAAAAAACCCAAAAACCAAGCAAAAACCCAAACAAUCAAAAACCAAACCACCAAAAAAAGACCCCAACCACCCAAGAGAGAAAGGAAGGCAAAGAAAGGAAGAUGAGGCCAUCUGGGAGGAUACCUGAGAGGUCACCUGUAGGGAUAUUGCAAUAACACAUCCCAAACUGUCGCGUCUGUAGAGGCUAUGUAUAUAAAUAUGUCAAGGUUUGUAUGUUUCUAUAUGUCUUGGAUCUUACAGACCCAUUCACGGCUUCACUCCUGCUCUACAAUCCCUUUUGUACAAAGAAUCUGCCUCUCAAGGUCCCCUACAACCAAACCGUUUUGGCCAAGGUGAGACAGACUUUUGAGAAGGUUUUGUAUGCAACCGCGCUGUGACUGUGGCUCUUCCUGCUGUGGCCUCGGUGGGGUUUCACCAAAGCUUCUCAUCCAGCUCUGUGUCUUAUAGUUUGAACAGUUCUGCUAAAGGAUGAUGGUGAGGUGCUAGAAAAAUCCCAGUUUCAGCUUGGGGAACCCCAGGUUGACUGCUGGGUGCUGGAGCCCUGGAGCAGGCUGCCCAGAGAGGUUGUGGAGUCUCCUUCUCUGGAGAGAUUCCAAAGCCACCUGGUCAUUGUGAUCCUGGGCAAGCUGCUGUGGGUGAGCCUGGCUGAGCAGGUGGCUCAGACGAGAUGAUCUCCAGAGGUCACUUCAGUCCCUGGCCAACCCACUCUGGAAUUCUGAGAGCAUUCGAGGGACCAGGUGUGAUGGUGAAGAUGAAGCAUUCCAGCAGGUGACAGUGGCAGCACAGUGCCUUUCUCCUUGAGGUUCUUAGCGCGGCGGGGAGCGACUGACAGGCAAAGGUGUGCUGCAUUUUGAUACACCACCUUUUUCUUUUGUAACUGGAAACUUUUCUUAAACAAACAAGAAAAUCUUAUUUUAUAAAUAAGCACAAUCUUAUUUUUGUAAGAAAUGUUGGGGGAGGGAGCCAGGGAUGGGAGCUGGUACCAAAAGAAAAGGGUGGUGUGGGGAAAAAACCAGCAAACCCAAACUAAAACACCUUCAUUGUUCUUGGGACACAAGUUGCUGGAAGGAGAAAGAGCACCAGGUGCUGGAGGACCAUGGCACCAGCGUGGUGUGUGCUCCCUCCAGCAUGUGAUCUCACCUGGUGGUGUUGGGUCAUAUGGGGCAAUUCUGUGGCUAGCCAAAUGCUGGCAGGGUGGUGGCCCCAGAAAACCUCUUUUGUCUUCCCAAACCCACCCAGCACAGCUGGUGGGAUGCUGCUGGAGGACUUGGGGCUCUGCACAUCGUUCUGGUUUUGGGGGAACCCCAGAAAACACCCCAAAAACAUUCCUUGUGGACACCACACACAACCCAGGUUGGGUUUGCUAGCAGCAUCCCCACUCCAUCCCUCCAUCCUUGGGCAGGUUUGCACCAGCAGUGAGGGUUUGAUGGAAUUCGAUGGGCUGCUACCGGCAGGAAAAUCCCCCAGAUUCAUCCCUGUCCUCGUUUUUAUCCCUCUGUGCCAGGCACAGCUUGUCUCCAGGACCCAACUGCGGAAGUCCUGGGGUGUCCUUCAUGGGACCUUCAUCCACCGCUCUGACAAAAUGGCUCUAGAGGCAGGGAUAAAACCCUGUGCAAAGAAACACAACUCCAAUCAGGAAGCACUGGGUGGGGGGAGCAGCUAGAUCAGAGCAUCCCCAUUUCUUCCUACCCUCCUACCCCUUGCCCCCACCAUUACCCUGCAGCCAACUCCCUAUCCAAAAGUUGUCCAGAUAGGGUUGGAGUGAUGCUGGAGGCCAUGGUGGAGCUCCUGAGCAAGCAGGAAUGAUGCUGGGGGAGGUGGGAAAGGGGGGGUGGACACAGAGGUGCCAUUUAUUCCACAAGUGUCCAUGGAUGGGAUGGAUGGAAAUGGGGGGGUGGCGGUGCCCUUGGUGCCUCUCUCCUGGCAAUAAUGAGCUGUCUGUCCCUGCAUGAACCAAAUAAUCCUUUCUGUGAAAGGAUCUUCCCAUCCUCGAGAUGGGAGAGCCACUCGCUUGUGCUGCCAAAGGACAACACAAAGGGAAAUGCUACCCAACCUCCUUCCCCACCCCUAACCCACCAACCCCCUCCCCACCCCACAGCAAGAGUGGUGUGUUUGUACCCAGGAAGUCUGUAGAGUGCCUUUUGGGAUACGGCUGCAAGGGACAAUAAAGUGAGAGUUGUUUGCA